GCCCCUCUAACAGCAGUCCUCCCGAAUUUCCCCCACCGCGACCUAUGCCUAGACACCCGUGGCAGCGUUCGGCCAGUUGCCGCGAAUUGUACGCGUCUAGCUUCGAGGAUUCGGGGAAAGCGCGAUCCUCGGUGGCCAAGGACGAGGAGAGGGGACCUCCUACCGGCGAUCAUCAUCCCGUUUCCGACCUACCUUUCCGUCUACCGUCCCAAGGCGAGCUUGAUAAUCCCGUGACGCGAUACGACGAGAGCAAUCGAUCGUACAGCGCUGCCAGCUCUAAAUUGCCAUCCCUCGAUCACGAUUCGGCGGUGGUGCCGGAUCGCGUGUACAGUAGCUCUUAUCCGGGGACAUCCUCUUUAUCGACCGAGUCGGGCCACGAGGAAUCGGGGCCCGCCGGCGACCUAUCCCACGACGAUCUAUCUCACGACUCUUACGAACUUUUGGAACGCGAGCACGAAUUUGAAUAUCCGGAAUCGUACUCGAGCCCCCGCGACGAGGAGGAGGAGGAGGGGGAGGAGGCGAUGUCGGAGAGGAGCGACGAGGGGAUCGAGCACGAGAUGUUCCAAAUGGAUUCGGAGACCGAUUCCUUCGUCAAACACCGUUCGAUCAGAUCGACGGAGAGGCAGCAAUUCAAAUCGGUGCUCGCCGACCUUAAGAAAGACGCUAGGACGAGAUCGACCGAUCGGUACACGAAAUCGGAUACCGAUUACGUAACCGUCGAGUCGCGCAUACAACGGUCGAGCACUCAGAUCGAGAGAAAAUUCGAGACUCGACACGCCAACUCGAUAGAACAAUUCCAACAGCAACAGCAGCAACAACAACAACAACAACAACAGAAUAAACUCGCUCUUCCGCAUCAGGAUUCGGGUAGGAAGGAUCCGGUCGUGUUGCAGGUGCAAAAGCAAAAAAUGUCCGUGUUGAACGAGUUGAAAAGCUUGAAGCCGAAAUACAAGAUCACCCACGUAGACUCGGAGAUUUUACGGGACGAGGGUAUAAUGCGGCCGAAAUCUCGCAUAGACGACGAUCUCAGCCCCGUGGAUUCGACGAAUAGGACGAUACUCGAUCAACAACAAAGAGGUAGAACGGUUCGAGCGCGUAGUGUAGCUAGUUUGGAGGAUCACGUAUUGGUGUCGCGCGUUUACGUGGAAACGGGUAGCUUAGGCCGUGGCGUUCGUAACGGUAACAAGGAACGGAAAGCGACGUUGCAGGACAAAGAGAAUCGUUCGAGGGCUCGCGUCGAUUCGUCGAGGGAGCACGAUCGUAGAAAGUCGGUUGAGAGAGGGGGGGAGCCGAGGAGAAAAUUCGAAUCCUCCUCCCCGCAUCCUCGCCGGGAGGGGAGAGAGUUGCGCAGAAGCAUCGAGAGGUUGGACGCGCGGGAGAGAAGUUACGAGCGUCUCGAUUCGAGGAUAGAAAGAUCGUUGCUCCGCCAUGCCGAUUCCUACGAGUCGCGUGGGAGAAGCGUGGAACGUUUGGACAUUCAGGGUUUGCGUAGCAGCACCGAGUAUCUGAACAAAAUUUCCAAGGACAGGUCGAGAGAGAGUCACAGGCACGCGGCGUCGGAGCGUCGAGAGAGAAGCGUGGAACGAUUGGAUUCGAAGGAGAGGAGGAGGAGCCCUCGGCGAAGCGGCAACGCCGCGUUCGAUCACAGCCAGAGGCACACGUUGGAGAGGUUCGAUUCGUUCGGCGGGAAUAAAAGUCCGCUCGAACGUUUCGGAAGGGAGCAGCAGUAUAGGGGGAAGAGCGUGGAAAGGUUGGACUCGAGGGAGAGGCCCACCUUCGAUUUCGAUCCCGUAACGAUCGAACGUUUGAAGUCGUUGGAGAGAUACAACAACAACAACAACAACAACAACAAUAUCAACACCACCAACAACAAUAACAACAACAACGUCGUCUCGAAGGACAAAGGUGGUGUACACGAGAGGAAGGGGGAGCGGAGGCACGGGGAACGAAAGUACUCGGAUUCGAGAAGGAGCUUGGACCACGAGCCGCACGAUUGGAGGAGAGGCAGCGUGGAGAGGAUCGAGUGCAAGGAGUCGUGGAGGAAAGCGGCGGUGAAGUCGAUGGAGAAGCCUCGCGAGAGGGACGAUUGGAGGAGUUUGGAGAGGGCGCGGAAGGACGAGGAGAAGAGGGAGAGGGAGCGCCAAGCUCAACGGCUCUCGAUCGAGUCGAGGACCGACACCGUGAUCGGCGUCCCGAUCGAGAUGGAGAAUCUCAAGUCGAAGACCUCUCUGUUCACCGAGUACGAUCCCAAGAUCGUGGGCGGGGUCGUGUUGGGCUUCGAGGACUCUAUGCCGAGCCACACCCCCGUCGAGCGUACCAAGAGCGACCCGAACCCUGCCCGACAGAGGUUGGGCUCGAACAGCAAACGUCACAUACUGAUGCAUCAAAAGUCGAUCGACUUGACGCCGGCCGACUCGGGCGACGAGGACCCGUUCUCGGACACGGCGGCCAUGCAGAGGACCAACGUCGAGAUACCUUACACGUUGCACAAGCGACACGUGAUGAACGGCACCGCGUCCGACGAAAAAUCCGAGUCUGACAGCGGAAAAACUGGCGGCUCGACGACCACCACGACGACGACCACCACUACCACUACUACCGCUACGACCACUACUACUACUACUACUACUACCAGCGUUCGAGAUCUUCCCAAGUUACCGCUCAAGAUGAUCACCGAUAUAUCCUGUUUCGACCUGUCGAAACUCUCCUCGAUAGACAAACCCGCCAAACUCUCGCCCACACGACCGAGAUCCAUACUCUCGAGCCCCUCGUCCGACAAACCGAGAAGCAUCCUGAGCCCCGUGUCCAAACUGUCGCCUACCGAACAUUCGAGCAAGAGUCCGCCGUCGAAGGUCUCGUCGCCCGAGAAAACGAUCUCGAAAUCGUGUUCCACCGCGGAGAGGAAAGGCUCGUCGAAAUUGUCGCCGAUCGAGGCGAGCGUGACGAUCGUCUCCUCGACGUCGUCGGCGAAAGCGUCCCCCACCGACCCGAGCGUGACCAUACUCACGGUGCAGAGGAAAAAAUCACCGACCGAGAGGGGAGUGACGAUCGGUCAGAGGUCGUCCCUCGACUCGAAGACGAGCAAACCUUUGUUGAACUUCGCCGAUGUGGUCGGGAUGGAGAUGAGGAUGAAGCUGGAGAGGAAGUCGAGGUCCGAGAACGUGUCCGAGGCGAGGAGGGAGGACACUUUGAGAACGCCGGACGACAGUUUGGAGAAGCAGGACAGCAUAGAGAAGAUACCGUUGCCGGAGAUACCGCCGAGGCCGGAGGAAGAGGGGAAGAAGGAGGAGGGGGUGGAGAAGGGGGAAGAGGAGAAGCCUAAGACUCUGGAGAAGCCUAGCAUACCCGAGAAAACGAAACGUAUAUUGGAGAAGAUAGAGUCGAGGUUGUUCGAGGCGAGGAUCGCUAGGCCGAAGAUCAUAGACACGGGUUACGACGAUUUCGUGGAGCCGGUAGCCGACCUCCCUCUGGACGAGGUGCCCGUCGUCAAGCCCGCCCUGGAGUUGGACAGCCUGAAAGUUCCCGAAUUCGUUCCGUUCGUGUCGCGGCCCCAUGGCGAGCCCCUGCGCUCGAAAUCGUUGUCAUUGGCCGAGGAGAAGGCGCCCAUAGACACUCUCCUCUCCCCCGAGGUGGAGAACAAACACUUCGUGCCGGACGUGUCCCCGAAAAGGGCGAAGAGGGCGGCGAAACAGGAGCCGAAGAAGGAUUUCAAGAAACAGUCCAAGUCGCUCGAGGCCGACAAACCCCCUCUCAAGAAAACCGCCUCGAAGGAGUCGCGCGCGUCGACACCGAGCUCCUCCAAGAUCGACAAGUCCAAAUUGAAAUUGGGCGAGAUGCCUCAGGAGAUCAUCAUAAUAGACUCGACCGACGUUGCGCCCGAAGUGAGCAUCGUUCAGAAAGGCAGGUCCAAGUCGAUCACCCGAUUACCCGAGAAGGAGGAGCAACAAGGGAGCGGGAAAAGUGGCGCUCGAGCGAAAUCAGCCUCUGUCGACGACGAUCUCAUAAAAAUCGGCGCCAGCUCCACGAUGAAAUCGGAAAAAUCGAGACCGAAGUCGUUGGGCAUAUCGAAGAGCUUGAGCGGAGGCGCUGAGAGGAAAGACUCGGCCGAGAGGAUAUCGCCCAAGAGAACGAUCGUUGGAAGAGGAGGCGCGAAACCCCCCACCACCACCACCACCACUGUGGAAAUUAAAUCACCCACGUCGAAGGAGACGGUCACGUGGAAAGCGCAGCGUGGAAGCCAGAAGCAGGAGACGGAGGUGGGAGGCGAUCGAGAGAGGAAAUCGGGUCAGACUCCUGUUCUGUUUGCCCGCGCGCGACUCGGUCUUUCGGAGGGGAGCGGGAUAGGGGCGCUUCAGAGGCAGGGGGCGACGCAGUCGCCCACGUCCCAGAGGCGGGCGAAAUCGUUGGACGCGCCCGUGAUCGCGGUGCACAAGCUGCCACCUGUGAACGCGUUCUCGAGCAAGGACGACACCGUGGAGGAGGAGACGGCCGAGGAGGGGGGGAAGCCGGAGGAGGCGGCGAGGCACGCGACGACAGCGCCCUCGAAGACGCAGGUGGCGCAAUCUAUACAGGUCGAGGUGUCCCCGAAUCAUAGCACGACGACGACUACCACGGAUCACACCACGGUGCCCGAGAUAUUCACGGAUUCUCUCUCGGUGACCGAGACCUCGGCCCAGUACCUCGAGUCACCGCUCACCGAGUGCAACGAGAUCGUGGCCAGCGCCGAUUUGAUCCCCUACGAGAGGGACGCGGUCCGGUUGGAGGCGAACGGGGGGAAGGACACGAUGCUGGAGUCGGUGAAGGUGGACGAGAGAACUAGAUUCAUCGAUCAGAGUUCCGUGGAGUCAGGGGAGCAGGAGGUGGUGGGCAGGAUGGGGGAGAAGAUAGAUCUGUUGACCGUCUCGAGGACCGUCGAUUCCUCGAUCCCUCGGAGAUCGAGCAGCGACGAGGAAACGAGGGAGGAGAGAAGGACAAGGGGCGACGUUAUCGAGGUAGAUCUUCCCGACGUGACGGUGACCGCGGCAACCAUGGAAACGAUAACGUUCCCCAAAUCGAUCGAUUUGGACGAUGGCCAGGACAUGGUCAAGUCGCCGAUUCAGAUCUCGAUCGAGGAGUGUUCGGACGAAGAGCAGGAGGAGGAGGAGGAGGAGGAGGAGGAGGAAGAGGGGGAAGAGGAGGAGGAGGAGGUUCGAAGCGAGGGGGAGGGGAAAGAACCGGAGGGGGAGGAGAACAAGCCGUUGGAUUCCGUGGACACGAGCGAGGACACGCUCGACGCCUUGGACACCCAGGUCCACAUGAGGGGCAUCGACAGCGAGCUGAGCUCGCCUGAUUACGGCGUCGACAAGAUGGACGAGAAAACGUUGGUCGAGGUCGAGCUGACCCCCGAGUACUUGGAGAUGAGACGAGAGGACGAAGAUGGAGGUGAAUUGAUAGCCGAGGAACUGCCCAAGGACGAGGAGGAGGAGGAGGAAGAGGCGGUGAUAGUCGAAGAGACGACAGCCAAAUUAUCGACGGACGAGCUCGUAACCUCGAGCUCGAACCGUUUGUCCGUGGAGAGGAAGCUCAGGUUGAGCAGCGAACGUUCGAGGAGCGAGGAGACGGUUACCUGGACGCCUGAUCGCGAGGAUCCGGAAUCCAGUUCCUGUUCCAUCGCCCGGCCGCUCGGGAUCGGGCAGAUCCAGCCGAUAGUUGAUCGUCGAGGGGAAACGAUCGAGGACGAGGGCAGCAACGGUUCCCUCAGGCAGCCCGAGUUCACCGCCUCCACCUGGAAAUCAUUUCCCGCCGAGAGUUCCGGCAGCUCGAGCGCCGAAGAGGGUUGGCCACCUCCUGGCCAGGACGAGAACAACGCCGUUCAAUCGCAAUCGGAGGACAGCAACGGGCAGAACGAGGACAGUUUUCAGGAGGAUCUGGCCGAUUUCCCCGGCACGUUCAUCUAUCCUAUCGGCCCCGAUAUCUUGACCAGUUGCGGCACUUUCGCUCUCACGCGUACCCUCUCCAGGAUAUCCGAGAGAUCGACCACCUCGGAACAGGACAAGAGCGAUUUGGAGGAUUCGUUCAAGCCUAGCUCGAGGUCGCCGAGUUUGGACGACGAGUCGUUGAUAUCGAGCGAUCAUCAACUCUCUCUUUCCUCCGACCCCCCGUCAGGUACGCCUCUCCCUUCUAUAUCCGAGGAUCGACGCACCUCGUCCGAGUUGCCCGAUAUCCCGAUAGACGUGACGAUGGGCGAGCAACAACAGCAGCAGCAACAACAGCAGCAAUACGAGAAGGAGGAGGGGGAGGAGGAGGAGGAGGAGGAGGAGGAGGUGGCGAAACGUCAAAAAGCGAGAUCGAAAUUGCAGGAGCAAAGUUCGGAGGAUUGGCCGACUCCUCCUAGCUCGCCCGUGUUCGAGCCGCCUCCGUCCUCCAUGGUGAGUCACGUGGAGACGUGUUAUUCGGAGAUCAAGCCCGAGGAAGCGGUGAAGGUGACGGUGACUGAUAGCACGGAGACGCCGGAUCGUAUGGAAGCGGGCAGCGAUUCGAGCGAUGAGAAUCGAACGUUGCACGACGAUCUACACUCCACGUUCCUCGAGGAUGGUCAAAGCUCAACCUCCGCUACCACUGUGGACGGUACCGUGAAGAUAGCGAUAAAACCGAAGUCGAAUUCUCACGUGACAGGUUCCUCGCACAGCGAGGACACAUCUAUGGGUCUCUCGAUGUCCGAAUGGUCGAGUUCGAACAACACGGUACGCCAAUUCUGUCAAUAUUCGGGCACGAAAUCGGACGACAAUUCGUUGGCCGAGCUCGGCGCAUCGAUCUCGGAUUGGUCGGGUAGCACGACCGUGAUACCUCAGCAACACUCUUCUUACUCCCUGGUCGAGAAGAGUCAAAGCGACACGACCACGAGCGACAAGAGCGUGACGAGUAUGAGGCCGAAUUCCAAGUGCAAGACGAGCGAAGGCUCGCCUCUCGCAGCGCCCUCUUCGCCGCCUUUGCCACCGCCCCCCUCCUCACCCCCCAUUACCUCGCCGCCGGAUCAUCGUCACGCCUCGACGUCGUUGGAUGUUGUCGAGGAACGAUCGAAGGCGAGGAGAUCGAUCGAGGGUCAAUCGAUGAGGCGGGGCGUGUCACCGCCUCGGAUAACCCUGACACGGAACGAGUUCGACGAGGAGGCGAUCGACGACGAGUUUCGAUUGAUUUCGUCGGACGAUGGCUGCGACGCGCCGCUACCCAUUCUCGAGGAGGAGGAGGAGUUGGACGAGCAACUGUUGGAGAGUUCGCUCGGCUCGAGAAGAAGGAGGAGGGGACGGGAGACGGGGGAGGGGGAAGUGGAUCGGUUGUACGACAACGUCCCGGCUAUGAAGUACUCGAGCGGUGAUCAGAUUCGAAUGGAGGUAGGACGUGGGGGUGGUAGCUCGGAGGAUAUGCACGAGAAGUAUGCGGAUUUGGGCACGUUGGGCCCUCGACAGGUCGACGACGAUUGGUCGUUCGAGGAGGAAAGGGAGGAGACGAUCGUGGAGAGGAAGAAGAGGGGCGGCGGUGGUAGAUCGUCGAAUUUGUCCAAGUUCGAGCGAGGUUUCUCCGAACCGAUGGAGGUCGGCAGGUAUCACGAGACGAGAUCGACCGAACGACCCGUUCUCGUUCCUAUCAGGGCGAAAUCGACGCCUUAUUACUCAACGACGAGUUUGAGCGGCGAGUCGACCACUUCGAGUCCACCUAUGCAGAUUAGAACGCAGAUUCGUACGAAAACCAUGUCCUACUCGUCGAGCAGAAGCCCACAGAGUGAGGGGGAUACAUCGUCCAGCAUGGACAGUCCCGUACACACGCCUGUUCACGGUCAGAUGGCGGUACGCCGAAGAAGGCGAGAAAAUUUGAAAAGGCGCCACCGAGUGGCGGUCGAUGUCGAGGGGAAGGACGGUCAGAUUGUUUCGAGUACCGAUUCGAGUUUCGACGUGGCUACCAUUCCGCCACCGUUGUUGGCCGUUGAACGGUCGAGAUCCGACGUUGACGACGAGGAGGAGGAUAUCGAAGACGAGGAUGAAGACGUUGAGGACGACGAAGACGACGAGGACGACGAGAACGACGGCGACGAUGACGACGAGUAUUCGGAGACGAAGGGAAAUCGACGACAGCAACGUUGACGGGACUGCUAACAGUUCGAGAUCUCUUAACUUUUUUCUUUCUUUUUCCAUUCGACGAUAGGAUCGUCGGGAAUAUAUCGAUCUCGUAUAAGGAUAAUUAUUUAAUACCGAGACAGAUAAACAGGGAACACCGGCCAAGAGGCAACAGGAGAACAAUAACUCGGUUUUCGCCAAUGAGAAAUCCCCCGAGAAACGGUCGAACGGUAUCGUAGUGGAAACGAGUAACGCCAGU